AUGGGUUGCAAAAAAGCAGUCGCAGAAGAUCUUCUAGUUGACAUCCCCGACACCGUCAAUGCUCAACCAGCACAAUCCCAACCUCAACCAAAGCCAAAGCCCAAAAGACUGAAGAAGGCUCAGCCCAAGGCGAUCCAGCACGCCCACUCAUUCUCAAUGCAAGCUUUUGAAAUGAGGAAGGAGUUGGCUAACAAAAUCAGGGAGGUUGCUGGUGAAAUUCCACGAGAGUUGGGUAGUCUACAGAGUUUGGAGAUCUUAGCUAUAGAGGAUGCCACCCUCACUGGUGUCAUCCCAUCUUCUAUCUUUAACAUCUCUUCAUUGAAAGAGCUUUAUCUGUGGACGAAUAAAUUGACAGGAAAUAUUCCAAGAACAAUUGGCAACUGUACCUUACUCUCGGUAUUGGAUCUUGCUACUAAUGACUUGACUGGUAACCCAUCUAUCUCUCAAACUUUAGUUGCUCACUUUGGGAAGGAAAUGGGCAUUAAUCUUAUCACACCAAACACUUCAUUUUUUAUUAGUAACUUUCCUGUGAAGAUUUUUGUGCGGUAA